UCAAGUUUAGGGUUAUCUGCACUGGGUUUGGUGUGAAACUGGAAUAUAAUGGAUACCCAAAACCUAAUGACAUCGAAUUUUGAUUUCAGCUAAUUUCGGUUUAGAUCUUAAGCAAGUAGAAAGAGGCGGAGAAGCAAAGAUGUUGAACAAGAUGCUGGCUUGUGGCAAGGUAUAUAUUUCUGAAAGCCGAAAUAGAGCAGCUUUGGAGUCGAUUGAAAGAGCUGCCCAGCUAUUCCCCGAGGCUGCUAUUGUGAAUAAGUUCAUAGAUGUGACUUACAAUAGAGUUGGGUAUACGGUUGUUUCUAGAUUGACUCCAAAACCAUCUCAAGAUUCAUGUCCUUUGAAAGAUACAGUGUUUGCCAUUGUUAAGUCUGCUUUGGAAACCAUAGAUUUUGAGUUGCAUUCUGGAACCCAUCCUCGACUCGGAGUUGUUGAUCAUAUAUGUUUUCACCCCUUGGCACAUACUUCCUUGGACCAGGCAGCUAUGAUUGCAAAGUUGUUGGCAGCCGAUAUAGGCUCUAAACUCGAAGUACCUACAUUUCUUUAUGCGGCUGCCAAUGAGAAGGGAAGGUUGCUUGAUUCUAUCAGAAGAGAACUCGGUUAUUUCAAGCCUAACUCAGGCAGUAUUAUAUGGUCUGGAGGGUCUAAAUCAGGGUCCUUGCCACUGAAGCCUAAUGCAGGCCCAGCUCAAGCAUCUCCAACAAAAGGAGUUAUUUUAAUUGGUGCCACCAAUUGGGUUGCUAACUAUAAUGUCCCUGUGUUCUCAACUGAUAUUGCGGCUGCUCGUAGGAUUGCGACAAAAGUGAGUGAGAGAGGAGGUGGACUUCCUUCAGUGCAAGCGAUGGGGCUUGCACAUAGUGAUGGUGUUACUGAGGUGGCUUGUAAUUUAUUGGAACCAAGUGAAGUGGGAGGAGAUAGAGUUCAGGUUGAAGUUGAGAGGCUCGCAAAGGUAGAGGGUUUGCGCGUAGGGGAGGGGUAUUUCACCGAUCUUACACCCGACCAGAUUAUUGAAAGGUACAUGAAGUUGAGUUCUCAUUAAUGAAUGAAAUGUGAUCUUGGAUGUGUUUUUUUUU